GUCAGCGAAGAAAAUCCUGAAACGUAGUCAAAACAUCAGUGCAUUUUCUUCGACACUGAGACCUGCAAAACGCAAAAUAAGGUGGCAUGGAAGGGUGCGUGGUGGUAAACGUGCGGUUUAACCUCGACACAGGCGAAUCCCCGACAAUUCUGAAAGUUCCAUACGACAUUUUCUGGCAGGAUUUCGAGCUUUUGCUGAAAUUGAACUUCGAUUGUGCUGAUAUCACGGUGAAAUACUUGGAUGAGGACUUAGAUUAUAUAUUAAUCAGCAGUGAUCAGGAGCUGUUUGAAGCUUUCAGGCAUGCUAAAUGCUCAGAUGAUGUUCUAGAACUUAGUGUGUCAGAUGCACCGCAGAGAAAUCAAAAGGUAGUGUCUUCAAAACCAGCCACAGAUAUCGACUCUAGGGGCGUUGCAGGGCCGGUUGACCUUGACCCUGAGGUGGCAGUGGCAAUGAUCGAUCGGGUUGUUGAAGACAACAGUUCUGAAACCCCAGAGACUGCGCAAACCGUACAGACAAAAGAGCAGGCAGAUGAACCCAGUGUUGAAGGCGCCCAAAUGGAUUGUACAGAAGGUCACAAGGAAGAUGAAGAGCCUAAAGAAACAAGUGUGGAGAAUCCUGAAAGAAUAAGUCCUGAUGAUACCCAGGAAACAGGAGAACGCGUGUACAGCCGGACAUUUAGUAGGGAAGUUAAGCGUCGCGGUGCGAGGUCCAAAGUGCGACGAGCGGAAAGCUGUUAUACACGCUGUGCCCAGGAGAUGGGAGAAUACCGUCGCUGUCACAGCCAACCAGACGACGGCAAACGAAAUCAGCGUCAUCUUCCUCGAGACCAAGAUUCAGGGGAGUCCUAUGCACAUGAUGGGCCGGUCUCCUAUAACAUGUUGAUGGAAUUCCUAAGUAAAUUGAAGGAAGAUUUGAGGACAGAGAUAGUGCGUGAUGUGACGAGAAAGACUGUGAAACAGGUCUUGAAGGGUUUGGAUGGAGCUGUGAUACAAAGUCUGCAGGGAUCGAAAUGUGCUUCCUCCGUACCUGCUGGCGAAGCAAAACAGGAAAUGCCACUGUCAGGGCAUCCUUCCUAUGUCCACGAUGGAAUCAUCUGUGAUAACUGCAACCAGACAAUCGUUGGUGUCAGAUACAAGUGCGGUAAUUGUGCGGACUAUGACCUGUGUGAGGCCUGUGAGACUCAAGACGGCAUCCACACCCCUGAGCACGUUUUCAUCAAGCUGAGGCGCCCCUGGGCUGGGGUGGGGAAGGUGGAAGGAGAGCAAGUGCCCCUUCUCAGAUGUCUGGUGUACCAGCCCUGUGAGGAGACCUGGGUGCCUGAGGGGGAGGAGAUGCUGACUGAGGCACAGGCACACCCACGCUGGGAGAGGUUCAAAGAAAAGGUGGCAAGGAUGCAAGAAAAGAUCAAGCGAAAGGAAGAGAAGCGCCUGGAGAAAUUCAAGCGCAAAGAAGAAAAGCUGAAGCGUCGAUUGGAACACGAGCGUUCACUGCCAGUGAAGAGAGAGAAGCUGGAUAUCCCACAGCUUCUGCACAGAGGGAGAUUUGGUGCUUCUUUCAUUGAGGACGUUACGAUUCCUGACGGAACCCGUGUGCAACCCGGGACGAAAAUGUUCAAAACCUGGAUCCUUCGAAACACCGGGACCACUCGCUGGACUGAAACUACAAAAUUACGAAUGGUGUGGGGAAGUAUGACCGCUGCACAGACUGAGGUUCCUGUACCCCUUCUGGCACCCGCAGAGCAGGGCCCGGUGACUGUGGAACUGAUUGCACCAACAUCCACAGGGCGUUAUCAGAGCCACUGGAAGAUGCACAACAAUGGCGUGAGUUUCGGACACCGCGUCUGGUGCACUGUUAUUGUUGAACCCAAGGAGAUUUUGGAACCAACAACCGAAGAGAGCCUCAAGGUCACUCAAGGUCAGCCCAUGGUGCAGGAGCAUGAUGAAGCUGGUGACAAUAACAACAACACCGACUUGGUUGAGGACGGCCCGGUUGACAUGACAAUUGGUCGCCGUGGUGACAGAGAGACGGAACUCUCUUUACCCCUGGUUCCCCUGCAGCCAGCGAUGAAUGUGCCAGGUGUGGUUUCCAUGGCAACAGUGGAAGAGGCCAAAGGCGACCGAUUGGGAUCGGACAAAGUGCAAGAGGAUCUUACAACUGCUGCUGCAGUGGUUGCACAGCUUCAGUUGGGACAGGACCUCAUACAGACACCAGCCCCCAAGGGAGACAACCCCAAUAAUGAUUUGCUGUCUUAUGAGCUGGUUGAUGUGGAAAAACGAGAGAUGCGGGAUCUGUCUCAAACAGCCGCACCAAACAACACUCCGUCAGUUCUGACCCCUCCCAAGUCGCCUGUGGCUGGCGGUCCUCGGGACAGAGUGCUGUCCAACAGCAGCAGUGUGGAAAUGGUAGCUGAUCUGGGAUUGGACGAUGAGGAAACCACCUCCACAGAGAUGCUGGACUACGUCCAGGAGAGGAUGGCGUCUCUGGGCCUUCGACCUGAUCAUGAUUUUGAGCUGGAGUCUCUGAGCAGCUCCACUGACGACGAGGAGUCCAUCAGCAGUGACGGAGACUUCUUUAUCGUUCCCCUGCCUGAUUGUUUCUUACCUGACAAACCCCUCACCCGCUCUCAGCUCGCCGAACAGAAUUUCACCUGUGAUCAGAAUUCCAACAUUGCUGAAUCCACAGAUUUGAACUCUGAUAAAUCAGUGGACGAGAUACUAACUGUGUCGUCCAGUGUAGACACCCCGACUCUCUCACCAGUGUCCACGGCAACAUCUGGUGACCAGACAGCAAAAGAGGAACAGAUAACCAUAGCAACCCAGGCAGGCGAGGCCUCAGCGGCCGUCACAGAGGUUGCCGUUCAGGAAGUGGUGGAUAUGAGUAGCCAGUCUUCCCAAACUGAGGCCACGGCGACAAGCGAUGUGGGCGUUGCGGCAGAAAGUGAAGAACCAGUGAAAGCAGAGGAUUCUGGGUCUACAGAAGCCGGGGCAACUUCAACCGAAGGUGCAGCCACACCAACAGAAACUGAAGGUUCAGCCUCUGAAAACGGAGCUGCCUCGACACCUAGCACCAAGGAUGUCAAAGGUCAACAGCAGGCCAAGGCUGGAGAGUUUGCCAAUCAGCUGAUGAGUACAGCUGUUACCGCGGCAACACGUGCUGCCACUCAUGCCUACAGUACAGCUAAAGAGGUCUUCCUCACUUGGCAGGCAAAGCAUGGGGAGGGACAGGCAGCUUAUGUGCCACCCAAAUCUAAUUGGAAGCCACCUGCUAAUGACUACGUUCCCCCAAAGAGCACAUGGACUCCUCCUACUGAUGACUUCACACCACCACAGAGCCAAUGGACCCCUCCCUCUCAGACAGAACAACCUCGUUCCAAGGUGACCACCCCAAUGCAACAGCUGAUGGAAAUGGGUUUCUGUAAUCGUGAACUAAACACCAUGCUGUUGGACAAAUACGAGAAUGAUGUGGAGAAAGCUGUACAGGAGCUUCUGUCUGGAAUCGAUAAUGAUUGGGCGGAGAAUCGCCAUUAGCGUUUUUCACUUCACCAAGCGUACCGACACAAAAGAAACCACAAUCACAUGUCAGUAUGUUCUACAUAAUGAGUGAUAAUACAUGCACAUGAUUCAAUAGUAGAAAUAAAGUGCAGAAUUGUUUUGUGAGUUGUGAGAAAAAGGUAAAAUAACAUAAAAUUUUUUGGGGCUAACUUCGCCACACACGCGCCCUAAAGUUAAGAUGCACUUGUAUUAAGAUUACUCUAGAUUUUUCACCAGGAAACCCAUUAUAUUUACCUGGCUGUAGAAAUAUUCGGUUUGUGCCAUAUAUGAUUGUGCGGAAAGCCUGUUUAAAGUUACUAGGGAUUAUAUGACUGUGCAAAAAGCCUGUUUAAAGUUAUUAGGAACUAUAUGAUUGUGUGAAAAGCCUGUUUAAAGUUACUAGGGAUUAUAUGACUGUGCAAAAAGCCUGUUUAAAGUUACUAGGAACUAUAUGAUUGUGUGAAAAGCCUGCUUAAAGUUACUAGGGAUUAUAUGACUGUGCAAAAAGCCUGUUUAAAGUUACUAGGAACUAUAUGAUUGUGUGAAAAGCCUGCUUAAAGUUACUAGGGAUUAUAUGAUUGUACGAAAAGCCUGUUUAAAGUUACUAGGGGUUAUUUUCGAACUUUUCUUAUUGAACUAUAUCACUUUGCAUUAUGUAUUAUUUUGCAGUUGUAUAACCUGCUUGACCAUUUUUUUUCUCUUGUCGUUGGAGGUUUUGUGGUGAAUAUUGUUGAGGAUAAGUGCUUAAAGCUGUGAAAUCUGAGUGCGAUGCCUAGUGCUGGUUUCCAUGUUUGACUUUUACUUUUAAGUGAAUAGCCAGUCUUAAAGGGAAGUGCGGCCAAGUUAUAAAACUCUGAGUAACUCCAGGUUAGCCAGUGUUGAGGAAAUAGGUAAAUAAUUGCCACUUUACAUAUGCAAAUAAAACUGCAUAAGACCAGGACAUUCCAUGGGUAAGGAUGAUUGUGUUAAAAGUUGCAGUUGUUGCCAUGGAUACUGUAAGGUAGACAAGUAAGAACUCUGCCUGUUUCUGUAGAGAUGAAGUUGUCUGUAGUUGGUUGCUUGGGAAUGAUAUUGUGUGCUUUAAUUGAUAUAUGUUAAUCUUAGAAGUUUAAAUUGUUGUAUGUGCUACUUAUUGAAAGUUGUUGUUGCCAUGGAUGUGUGCUAUACACUCAGCAUUGCUGUUGUUGCCAUGAAUGUGAGCUAUUCAUACAACAAUAUUGCUGUUGCCAUGAUUGUGAGCAAUUCAUACAACAAUAUUGCUGUUGCCAUGAAUGUGUGCUAUUCAUACAGCAAUAUUGCUCUUGCCAUGAAUGAGCUAUUCAUACAACAAUAUUGCUGUUGUUGCCAUGAAUGUGUGCUGUGUGUGCUGUCAUUGUCCUAUUAGUUGAUGUGCUUUGAAGAAGAAUUGUCGUUGCAGUGGAAGUGCUAGGAUCUUAAUACAAAUACCAGCUUGUAAUGAGAGGUAUGUAAUGAAUUUACUACGGAGAGAAAGUUAUUUAAGGCAUGUUUGUGCGAGUUUUGCUGAUGAGAAAAAAAGAAACAGGCCGGAUUUGGGAAAAGUUGUAUAUACAUAUAGCAGUGAGAAUUACUUAUAUGCUAGUUUACAUGUAUAUCCAUAUAUAUAUCUUGCAUUAUCUAAUGUCUUUGAUGAUAAGUAGGUCCCUUUAGCCCGUAUAUGUGUAAAUAUCACAGACAGAUUGUUACAUGUGGUGGUUUGGAGGAGAUGUCCUCUUGUCUACAUGAGUGUGAAGAUGUUGUUUUUUUUUUCUCUCUGUUUGAUGACAUUUUGUUUUGCUUUUCUAAAAAGCUUGAACACCUUCAGAGUAUGGAAAAUUGUCGUCAGACAGUGUACAGACCAGUCAUUUUUUGACAUGGCGUGAAAUAUAGUUGCUUUUUUAAGGUGUUUUAAAGCAAAUUGGUCCAAAAAAAAGG